UUAGGUAAAAGCAGUGGUGUGGACUCACCUUGUGUGGGAGGUAUGGCUUGUGUAACCAGUCCGCCACUUAGGAAGGACUUACCGGAAGACUACAGUGCGACUGCGCAGACCGACCUUCGCAAAGCGCAAGGAAUGGCGAGUGGGCGUGGCUUGUCGUCCUGACAACCGUGAGCGUUUCGGCUCUGCAGAGUUCACUUUUCCCUAGGCAAAGGUCCUUCUUCUCUCAUGGGUCCCAAACAAAAAAAGGCUCCCACUAAGAAAAAGAUAACCAAAGCUGAGCGAUUGCGUCUGCUGCAGGAGGAGGAGGAGAAACGCCUGAAGGAGGAAGAGGAGGCUCGACUGAAAUAUGAAAAGGAAGAACAGGAAAGGCUAGAAAAACAACGGAUUGAGAGAGAAAAGUGGAAUCUGCUGGAAAAGAAAGACCUAGAAAGGAGAAGCGAGGAGUUGGAAGAGCUUGCUCUGCUGGAGUGUUGUUUUCCUGAAGCAGAGAAACAGAAGCGGGAAAUGCGAGUACAGGCUCAGUGGAAGCACUACACCGAGUGUGAUGGGAGCCCCGAUCCUCGGAUUGCCCAGGAAAUGAACACGUUCAUUAGCUUGUGGGAGGAAGAGAAGAACGAGACCUUUGAGCAAGUGAUGGAGAAAAGUAAACUGGUUCUGUCCCUGAUUGAAAAGCUGAAGUUAAUUUUACUGGAAACUCCGUCGUGUGACCUGGACAAGAGUACUGUCCUGCAGUACCAAGGGUCAAUUCUGCGCCUGCAGGAGCUCCUCAGUCUGAAGGUGAACGUGGCCACAGAGCUGCUGCUUCGACAAGCUAGUACCUUAGCCGAUCUGGACACCGGGAAUAUGGAGAAAAUCAUCAAAGACGAGAAUGUUACCCUGUACGUGUGGGCAAACCUGAAAAAGAAUCCAAGGUACCGAACUGUGAGAUUCUCACAGACACAAGUCGGAUUUGAAAUCCCCAGGAUACUAGCCACAAGCAAUGUCGCCCUGCGGCUUCUGCACACGCACUAUGACCACAUCACACCCUUGUUCUCCACUGUUGCCACUGAGGAAAAACACGGGUCCAUAGUAGCAGAGGAUUUCAAGGAAGAGGAAAGAACAGAAAAGGCUGUCCCCGAAGAAAACGUCUCUACUGAAGAAGCUGCUGACGAGGCUGAGCAGCUCAAGGCUGAGGAGGAAAGAGAGGUCAGCAGCAUCCCCGAGGAGGAGGUCAAAUUCGACCUCACGGUGGACACCGUCACACAGAAGAUUUCCGACCCUGAAGAGGAAGAGCCCCAAACCACCCAGUUUGAACUGGAGAGGAAGUUGCUGAGCGAAACAGUCUCAGCAGCACAGCUGUGCCUGAUAGAGAAUGUUUCGGAAAUGCCAGAAACCUUGGAACCCUACGAGGUGAACAUGUGCCAUUUCUCCCCCCUGGGCGGCGUGUACCACCUGGAAAUCCUGGAGUUGCCCCCUCAGAGCAAACCAGUGAAGGGCUGGGUGUUAGCAGAGAUACGCCAAGAAGGAUUACAAAAGUUUACAUACCCUCCAGAAAACACAGAAGAACCUGAUCCAGAAAGUGCCUUUCCACCCAUAGAGGUCACACUGGAGAUCCACGAGAGCGCCAUCUUCUUUGAGGAUCCUCAAGUGGUCAGGUGGGAUGCUGAAGGUAAAUUCUGGAGGUCAGAUGGCGUCACCUUUGUGUAUUACAACCAAGAAAACAGGCUCCUAACCUUCAGUAUAGAUACAUUGGGCCCUGUGACCUUGAUUCAGGAUGCUCACGUCAACAUGCCUUACCAGUCCUGGGAGCUGAGUCCCCUCGGUAUGAACAAAGCCCUUUUAAUGGUGACGACGGUUUUCAUUGAGCUCCAGAUACACAUCAAGGAAACCCACUGCAUGCUGGCUGCAGUGAAACUGAAGGGCAAGAGCUGUGAGCUUCAUGUAAUAGGAAAAUGGAUGACUCCAAUACCCUUCAUUCUGGCUUUGAAAGAAGCUGGGCUGAACAUCUUCCCUGCUGUCUACUCUCACUUUUAUGUGGUCGUCAACAAUAAGGUACCCCAGAUGGAGCUGAAGGCCUAUCGGCAAAUGGCCCUGCUCAGCUCUGCCUUCUCGUUCGGCUGGAGCAAGUGGAACAUGGUGUGCAAUUCCACCAGAGUUGUGUUUCGGGUGAGGGAACACAUCUCAGGAGAGGAAAAGCAGAACACCUGGGCGCUCCUCAUGUUCAGCGGUGACAGGGCGCAAAUGCUCAAGAUGCAGGAAGAGAGCGACCAGUUCUCUGAGACCCUCAGGGAGGGCAGCGAGUUCCACUCCACCUUGUACCACAUGAUGAAGGACUUUGCCUCUCCAGAGGCAACGGAGAAGGUCAGGCAUUCGAACUGCCAGUUCAUCGACUCGGUGUGCUACAUGCUGCUGUCUGUCCGGGUCCUCAGCUAUUCCUAGUCCUUCACAGCCUGUUUAAGAGCAGCGAACUCUUAUACCUGAGAGGAAUCAGGAAUCUUUCCCAUCAGUCACUAAAAUGAUCCAAGAGCACGCGGCAUUCCAGCUGUACUGCACAAAGAUCCGAGUGGCCUUUAUUUGAUACAUUUCAAUAAAGUCUUAUGUCUCUCA